UGUUCAGUCCGGGUUGAGCGAGUGUGUGUGUAUGAGUGUAAGAGAGAUAGAAAGAGAGAGCUGGCGGACUUCUGGAUCUGAACCUCAGAUUAAUCAACGCGUAAACCCCGGAAACGGCUAAAACCCCGCAUCAUAUAUUAACACCCGGAAGUGUUUUUCAUUCUUUUUUUUUUUAAAGAAAUACUGUCGCGUAGUAACGCCGCCGAAUGAAGCCGACGUGGAGGAGGAGACGUAAACACUGCUGCUGCUUUUAAAGUUUUUCUUUAGAAACUUUCAGAGAAAAUGGCUCAGGAUUCCGGAGCGCGGCGUUUCACACUCGUCUGGCCCUGAACACCUCCAGAGUUUGGUGUUUACAAACAAACAAACAAAACAAGAAAAACAAGUGUGUUUUUGUGCCUGUUUUGGGGAGAACAGUACUUUGCUCUCGAGUUCACACCCUGUUUUUGCGCCUCGUACCUGCGUUUGGCGGAAAUGUUGUUCAGGCUGAGCGAGUGGUUCUGGAACGAGCGCCUGUGGUUUCCAGCCGGUUUGGGAUGGGCUGACCUGCGGGAUCGCAAUGGUCUCGUCUAUCCCAAAGGUUCUGACCUCUGGGUUACGUUUCCCAUAGCCGUUGUCUUCCUCAUCAUACGCCAGAUAUUCGAGAGGACAGUGGCAGUUCGUCUCGCCUCAAUGAUGGGCGUGAAGGAGAAGGUGAGAGUCCGGGCAGCGCCCAAUCCAACACUGGAGUCGUACUUCUGCACCACAAGUAAACAUCCAGAACAGAGUGUGGUGGAGAGUUUAAGUAAACAGACAGGCUAUUCCCAGCAACAGGUGCAGAGGUGGUUCAGGCGACGGCGCAACCAGGAGCGACCCAACCAGCUGAAGAAGUUCAGGGAAGCGAGUUGGAGAUUUACCUUUUACCUUCUUGCGUUUUUUGCUGGCCUGGGUGCUCUCAUUGAUAAACCCUGGCUGUACGAAAUGGAAGAGAUGUGGAGGGGCUUCCCAACAAUGAAUCUGCUUCCUUCUCAGUACUGGUAUUACAUGAUCGAGCUGGGUUUUUACAUUUCACUCCUCUUCAGUGUCGCAUCAGACGUGAAGAGAAAAGACUUUAAGGAGCAGAUCGUCCACCAUGUCGCCACCAUUCUUUUAAUAAGUUUCUCCUGGUGCGUGAACUACAUCCGAGCAGGAACUCUAAUCAUGCUGGUGCACGAUGCUGCAGAUUAUCUGCUUGAGUCUGCCAAAAUGUUUAACUAUGCUGGCUGGAGAAAGACGUGUAACCACAUCUUCAUUGUCUUCGCCGCCGUCUUCUUCAUCACAAGACUCGUCAUCCUUCCGUUCUGGAUUAUGCACUGUACCUGGGUCUAUCCAGUGACCAUCUAUCCUCCAUUCUUCGGUUAUUACUUCUUCAACGGGCUUCUGUUUGUGCUCCUGUGCCUGCACAUCUUCUGGUUUUUGCUCAUUCUGCGCAUGGCCAUCAAGUUCCUCCCAGGCAAUCAUAUAGUGGAAGACGAGCGGAGCGACCGAGAAGAGACGGAUGACUCGUCGGAGGAAGACGAGGCGCACGAGAGCGAGAGACGUCCCAAGACGAAAAACGGGCCGCUGCAGAACGGCCACUCGGUCUCCAACAACAACCACCAUCGCAAGACGGAGUGACGGGUACGAGAAGGAGGAGGAGGCAGGAGAGAGGAAAGACAGGAGAGGAUGGAUGGAGAUACCGUCCUCUUCAAAAACACACACACAUAAAUAGAUUGAGUCAUGGUUAGAAGUUACAGCCAGACAAAUACAAUUGACCAAGUAUCCUUAACCACAAUCGAACACUAAUCUCGUAAAGAAAUUAAGUAAUAAGUCACGCUCCAGAUGAAACGAUCAUUAAGGUCAAAAUUUUUCAAGAAAAUGCACUAAAAUUUUUAGUGAAAUUUCCAGAGUCAGUGAAUCUGAAUUGUCCCUGACCUGCUUUGUGUAUGUCCUGCCUGUUUUGCCUGGUUAAUGUGAAACACUCACUCGUCUCGUCUCGUCUCUUCUCGUCUUUAUCCUGUUGUUUCUCCUCACGUCUGAUCACGAUGUAAAUAUCCGCUAAAGCUUUACCAGUUUACCUGAAAUCAGAAUCAAAUGCAGAACUGUUUGUGGGGUUCAUCUCCGAAUACAUUCCUAGUGUAUGUAUAAAUAUACAUACACACACACACACACACACACACGUUCUCUCGACAGUGCUGUCGUCAGCCCUCCUGUGUGUACUGCCCAGUUGCACUAUAGUUUACUUCCGCUCCACACCACCCUACUGCCCUAGAGAUAAUCUUGUGUCUUUUAAAGACUAGUAAUUAACACUGCUGCCUAAACACACCUGAUGUGAAGCUGCGCAGAACAAUUAGUACUCUCUUAAGCUCAGCUCACCCAGGACACCCCGACCCCGAAGCCAAAAGGUUAAGUGGCCCGCUUUUAGUGCCUUAUAUUUUGUCUAGUCUAUUCGUCUUGUUCUGUCCAGUCCAGUUUUUCACGUAAUCUGAACUAAUUAUGUUUGUGCCAGCUUAAAAAUACAAACUAAUAAUAAUAAUUAAAAAAAUCGUCCCAGUUAAAAGUUUGCUCAUAGUCAAAGACGAGAAGAAAAAUCUAACGAUAUAACUUUGUGACAUUUCAGUUUUGCUUAUAUUUUUAAUUGUAAUUUCCCUGUUGUUUUGUCUUGCUCUUUAUUAUUACUGUAUUCCUGAAAAUUACUCUGAUUUAAUAUGAUUUUACUGUUUUAUUGUUUUAUUGUUUUUUUUUUUUUUAUGUUUGUUUCCAUCGUUUGUUUGAUUAUUUUAUACUCGAGGUCCAUGUUUUUUUUUUUUUUUUUCGUUGAGAUUCCAAGAAGUUCCAGUUUUGUUAAUAAUGUAAUUCAAGAAAAACAAACAAGCAAACUACCACCACAAUAUCUUAGUGAUCAAUUUAGGUGUUGAAAAUCUUUAAGGUGAAAUUGUACAUUUUUUGAAAAAUGUUUAAAAAAAAAAAAAAAAAAAGGAGGAUUUGAUGGGAGGAAAAGAAAAACAAAAAAUUUCCAUUAAAAAAAAAAAAGCAACUUCUAUAGCAACAUGUUAAAAAAAAAUGUUUUACCAAAUAACUUCUCAGAAGGUAACAGGUCGUUGAGCUUUCGUGUGUCAGUUGUAGUAUUAAUACGAUGAAGAGUCAGUAUUUAUCGCUCGUUCCGCCACCGGAUGCACUUUAUAACACUUGAUGUAUAGAAAUAAAGCCUGAGUGUAGACUAAAAGCAAAGGUUGAAGUGCUUGAUAGUCGGGUCGAUCUGUAACACUAUGCGUCUGUUAAGCUCGCACGCUUCAACGAGGCUGAUCUAGACGCGUGAGCUUUAUGGGUUUAAACAGGACUGUAAAGUCCUACUCGAACGGCAUACUUGUUUCACAAACGCUCUGAACUCUAGAUUUACAUCCAGUGUUGGAAUUAAUGGUGAGAAUAUACCUGAGAAUAGGAAUAGGAAAGAAAAAAAAAAAAUUAUAUACAUAUGAUUAUGCGCAAGGUUUACAUGUCGUGGUCAUGUUGUUUAAUUUUCUGCAGCUAACGCGUGUCGUCUGGUUUUAGGUUUUUCUUACCGCUUUAUUUCUUAAAAGCGUGUCUUUUAGUUACCUCGCAUCCAUGCCAGUCAGUUUAGCUUCUUCAUCCUAAACACUGAAAAGCAGUCAUGUUUGGUUUAACUGGAAUGAAAAAAAAUUGCUCCAAUGAGCAGAUGAAUCUGAAAAAAAAAAAAAAAAAGCAAA